AUGAUAGAUAAACAACCUCCCCCGAAUUCACAACAGCUUAUUGAUUUACCGGCUCAAGUGCAAAAACUUGCCGAGAACACCGUUUGUGAUGUGACCAACGUUAGUAUGUACUACCAGAACGUGCGUGGAUUGAGAACGAAGAUUGACGAUAUCUUUUUGGCGACCAAUGACUGCAACUACGAUGUGAUUAUGCUAACCGAGACGGGAUUGAAUGACAGUAUACUCUCACCACAGCUAUUCGGCAGUGCCUUCAACGUAUUUCGAUGCGAUCGGAGUCCAAUGAACAGCAAUAAACGUUCUUUCGGAGGUGUUUUGAUCGCUGCCGCACGGCAUCACACUAGCACAAUCUUUGAAUCUGUACAUGCAAACUGUCUUGAGCAGAGUAACGAUAGUACUAUCGUUGAUGCUCUCGUCGCUUCCGUUCGAGACUUUUUUGCGAGCAGCGCAGACGAUUGCACGUUGAUGGUAUGCGGCAACUAUAAUCAACCGCGUUUAGCAUGGGAUAACUGUAAUGGUGUCAUAAAACAUGAUGAGUCUACGCAGCUACCGAAUGCAAGUGCUACUCUCAUUGACGGCAUGGAUUUUCUAAAUCUAAACCAGGCAAAUUUAAUUCGAAAUCACCUUGGACGCGUGUUUGAUUUGGUGUUUUACAACUCUGAUUGCGAAAUUUCCGUAGAGGAGUGUGUUGCCCCGAUGCUGCCCGUUGAUUUACACCAUCCUCCAUUGACAAUCUCUACUCCCACCACUAAAAAUGCGAUGGCUGGUUCUAGUCUCCCUUCCGCGAGGCGAGUAUUAAAUUAUAGAAAAAUUGAUUUUGUAGCUUUCAAUGCUUUUAUAUCGAACAUUGAUUGGCCAGCACUGUGGCCAGACAGUAACGAUGCGGACUCGAUGGCAGCAAAUUUUUGCGCACUUGUUGGAUCAUGGCUUGCAGAUUAUUUGCCAUUUGUUAGACGACCUUCUUCCCCUGCUUGGAGUAAUCACAGUUUGAGAGUUUUGAAACGUAAACGGAACGCAUGUUUGCGCAAACUCCGUCGUUUACGGUCAGAUGAAUCGAUGUAUGAUUUUAAACGUUCAAGUGAGGAGUAUCGACGGCUGAAUUCAAGUCUCUACAAGUCAUACGUGUUGGCAGUUCAAACAGACCAGCGUAGAAACCCGAAAAAAUUUUGGAAUUUCGUUAAUUCAAGACGGAAAUGCUUCUCGACCCCAACGGACGUGUAUUUGGAAGAAAUGGUAUCCUGCUCGGAUUCUGAUUCUUGCGAACUUUUUGCGAAAUUUUUCUCUUCUGUAUUCGCCUCCGAUUGUGCCUCGAAUGACGAUGCUGCUCGCGCCGCUGCGAAUGUUCCUGCAGAUCUUGUUGAUCGUGACAUCUUCGAAGUUACACAUGAUAUGGUUACUGCCGCCGCUAAGAAACUCAAAUGUUCGUACACUGUUGGUCCCGAUGGAAUACCUGCCGUGCUUUUGUGCCGAUGCAUUGAUAUUCUAGCCGCUCCACUUUGCACCAUAUUCAACAAGUCUUUGGUACAAGGGAAGUUCCCCGAGAUCUGGAAGCACUUCUAUAUGUUCCCGGUCUUCAAAAGUGGUGAUCGUCGUAAUGUCAAAAAUUACCGUGGAAUAACCAAUUUGUCUGCCGCGUGUAAACUUUUUGAGAUUUCACGGCAUUUCACGUCGCAUUGCAUUUCAGAACUCGAACGUAAAGUAAAAGUCGAUGUCAUUUACACGGACCGCGAGGCUGCUUUUGACCGAAUCGACCAUAAAACAUUGUUAAACAAAAUCUCCCGUCUUGGUGCCUCAUCUCGGUUCGUUAAGUGGCUUGAAUCGUUCCUGCGUGAUAGAAUUUUACAAGUCAAGCUGGGAUCCGGUGUAUCGUCUGCGUUCACAAAUAAGUCUGGUGUACCACAAAUGAUCGGUCACGUGGAAGAUAUUCAACUGAAGGAGAUCACGUGGAGUGUUUUCGAUAGCAGCGUUUAUCUGUGCGUCUGA